CAACAUGGCAUCAACAAAUUCAAGUCUUUUCAGCGCCGUGUCUCCAGCAGCUCGCGAUUUAACUCUUCUCCUAAGAUGCAUUGCGUUUGCUUCCAAAACCCAAGUUCGCUUAUCGCCCGAGGGACUACGUUUUAGUGCUCAAGAAACAAGUGUAAUGGAAGGCAAGCGCUUUCUCAAACACUUUGCCACGUCUCUUUUCACAACUUGGAGCUAUCAAGACCCAGAGACUCCCGAGGACGAAUCAGCCGAAGACGCCCUUUCACCUCCCACUUUUCAAAUAUCUCUUCCUGCUUUGCUUGAAACGCUUCAGAUAUUCUCUCUAGGCGACAGCAACGCUUUCCGACAACAGCAAGAUCCGUACGAUACGUUCACCGCAUUCAGACAGAACCGUGAUGCGAACAACCCUUUCUCCGCCUCAGCUCUGGGAUCCUCUGGUCUCUGCCGCAUCUCAUACGAGAACCGCGGUAGCCCUCUAUCAAUCCAGCUGUCCGAGUCAGACGUCACUACUAAUUGCGACCUGACCACAUACGAGGCUGAGACUACAGAGGACAUUCCAUUUGACCGAGAAAGCUUGGCCCUCAAGACCAUCAUGCGCUCUGCACAUCUGGCAGAUGCCAUAUCAGAACUCGCCUCCACGAACCCCACCAGUCUUUCCUUGAUUGCCUCGCCCACAGCACCUUACAUGUCGCUGUCAGCUACAGGACCACUCGGCUCAGCCACUGUCGACUUCAACAAAGAUCAAGACCCGUUACUGCUCGAAACGUUCCAGUGUCCAGCUCGCUUCCGCACGACCUACAACUUCCGACACAUCAAGGCCGUGUACCGCGCCAUGGUCUCUGCUACUAAAGUCAGCGUCAGAGCGGACGAGCAGGGUGUCUUGAGUCUACAAUUCCUGAUCGAAGUGGAUCCUACAGCACAAGCAGAACCAGGCAAGGAGGGUAUCGCUUUCGUGGACUUCCGCAUCGUGCCCCAGGUGGAAGGAGAACUUCCAAAGGAAGACUCAGAAACGGAUGAUGAA